AUGGCAAGGAAAACUAGUGCAAAAUCUCAGGUAAACAAGCAUGGAAAUGGAACUGGAAAACCUCGAGGACCUUCUUCAGAUUCGCAAGCUCUUAAAACGCGCUCGUUGGAUGAAGUAUUGGGAGUAGAGGCGAUCAAUUUUGGAUUGGAGAAUGAGGUUCUCACUCCAAAAUCGUCAUUGAAGCAGCUUCAAGUUCAAUCAGAGGUUCGACAUUCUUUUAAUGAGUUCAUGGAGGUCAUACAUGGAUCGCAUAGUCAAGCUCGCUCAGGUGCUCGUUCUAAUGUCGAUGUGGGUAUGAUCUUUGUUCCUAUUUUACAGCCUUUUGAUGAUGAAAUAGUAGUUGAUAAUAAUUUUGAUGAGGAAUCUGUGUUAGCUGAGGAUACUAUUGCACCAGUUCAGAUUGAAUUGGAUGAUAUUCAAAGUGAGAUUGAUUUUUGGAACUCUACUGUUGUAUGCUAUAUUGUGGGUGCCAAUCCCCCAAUUAAUGUGAUGGAGGGUUUUGUUAGGAGGAUUUGGGGUAGUCUGAAAGUGGAUAAGGUGGUGCUGGUAAAAAAGGGAGUAUAUCUGGUGAGAUUUUUAUCCAUGGAAUCGAGAGAUAAGGUGCUUAAGGGUCACUAUUUUUUUGAUAAUAAGCCAUUGAUUGUGAAACCUUGGGAUCAGGAUGUUGAUAUGGAAAAGGAGGUGGUGCAGGUUGUUCCAAUUUGGAUUCAGUUGAAGCUGAAUUUUAAAUACUGGAGUGAGAAAGCCAUUUUCAAGCUAGUGAGUCAAUUGGGGAAACCUAUAAAGAGAGACUAUGCUACAACCUGUAGGGAUAAAAUCCAGUUUGCUAGAGUAAUGGUUGAAGUCCCAAUGGCAGAAUCUUUACCUGAUCACAUAUAUUUCAUGAAUGAACAUGGAGAGAAGAUUAAGACAGGGAAAAGCAGGAAAGUAUGGGUUCAGAAACAGAAGCAAGGGGAUGCACAACCUCAACAAGUUGUGAAGCCAGUUAUUGAGGUGGAUCAAGAGGGUUUUCAAAGAGCAUUGAGGCCUAUUAGAGUUAGAUUUGAUUCUGUGGAGCCAACACAUGUUACAAACCCUUUUGAUAUUAUGCAGAAUGAGGGCAUAACUGAAAAUGAUGAUACUAUGCCAGGUGGAGAAGAUGAAGUGAGAAGGUUCAUUCAGCAGUUUGAUAUUGGGUUGGUUGGGCUCCUUGAACACAAGGUGAAGGGUACCAAUCUUGGUAAACUUUAUCAAAGAGUGUUUACAAACUGGUGUUUUACUGGGAAUGUUAGUUUCCAUAAAGGUGGCAGGAUUGUAGUUGCUUGGAAACCAAGCAGUUUUACUGUGAGUAUACUAGCUGUUACAGCUCAAUUCAUUCAUUGCCAUGUCAUCCCUAUGAGUGGUAAAAAUGGAUUUUAUUGUACCUUUGUGUAUGCUUUCAAUGAGAGUAGGCAGAGAUUGGAGUUAUGGAGAGAUUUAAAGAGUUUGAACACACAGGAACCUUGGAUCAUGUGUGGUGAUUUCAACUAUGUCAUGACUAGUGAGGAAAGAAUUGGUGCUCCUGUGAGGCAAACUGAAAUUGCUGAUAUUAAUGAGUGUAUGCAUGAUUGUUGUAUGGAAGAUGUGAAGUGUGUGGGGAAUAUGUUCACCUGGAAUAAUAAGCAGCAGGGUAGUGCUAGAGUAUUCUCUAAGCUGGAUAGAGUGUUGGCUAAUCCAGUUUGGCAGAAUGUUUAUAAGGAUGCAGAGGUGUGUUUUAUGAGUGAAGGUGAGUUUGAUCACUCCCCUGGACUUCUCACUGUGUAUCUAAGGGUUGCAAGUGGAAGGAAGCCAUUCAGAUACUUCACAAUGUGGAAGACAGCUCCAACUUUUAAUAGCAUCAUUCAAGAUGUAUGGAGUGAACAGAUUAUUGGAAGCAAGAUGUAUGUGCUAGUCUCUAAAUUAAAGAAGAUUAAAUCUGCUUUGAAGGAACUCAAUAAAACUGCUUUCACUGAUAUCCAAGCUGCUGAUAUUAAAGCUCAUCAAGUAUUGAUCGAGGCUUAG